AGAACGACGGAUUUUGAAGAACUGUAUGGCGACCUAGGUCAAUGAACAAUGACAAAAUAACUGGCUCGGGAAGUAAGUGGUUUUUAUUCAUCGAGUCCCUGUGAGGUUUGAUGAAUAGCAGAAUCAGUACUGAAUAUGUCUAUCCCACUGCGCGGGAUGCGAGCCCAUAUGGAAACGUGUCGGGGUGAAACAAGGCCUGCAGAAACAUCCGACGAUGAUCUGCCGCUAGCAUUUGGAGAGAGGAGAGAGGAAGAACGAGUUAACCCCAGCAGAACUGCCAGAUCAGCCUCCUGGUGGCACUGAGCAGAAUUCACUGGAACUGCCAGAACAGCCUCCUCUUGGUACUGAACAGGCUUCAAUAAGUCUUGGCGAAGCAGCUGCCAAUAAAGAGGAACCUGUCCCGCACGAGGAGCAUAUGAGAAAUGCAUCAGAGGAAACAUUAAAAGCUAUGGCUACUUGUGACGAGCCUGUUACAGUCUUAGGGGAGUUCAGGCGAAGGUUACAGCGAGGGCGAAUGCUUGACCUUCAAAACGACUCUGAACUGUGUGAGGGAAAGACCACGGAGAUAUUUGUCUCUCGUUACCGCCUCUUCGAUGAUGCAAUGGAAAAGAUAUUGAGGGAUGAUCCGCCAGCGAUUGAUUUCAGUGUACCUUUAGAGGUGAUCUUCACCGACGAGGGCUCUCAAGAUUAUGGUGGUCCAAGGCGGGAAUUUUUGGGCAUGGUGAUGCGCGAAAUACGUGACAAGCUCUUCAAAGAAGAAGGAGAAGGCUACGUUUUUUUUGAGAAAAAAGAAGCAUUGGACAGGAAACAGUAUUAUGGAGCUGGCCUCUUUUUUGGUUUCAGUUUGUUGCAAGGUGGUCCUUUGCUUAGUUUCCUUGCUGAAGACCAGCUUGAGCGAAUCUUCACAAAAGAUGAUUUGACUAAUCUGGGGGAAGCGGAAACCCAAUUUCGGGUAGGACUCGAGAGAUUUAGACUCGUUUAGCUCCUUCAUGGGAAACCGAGUCUUUCAUUCCUCUUCAGAAAGACAACAGUGCUGCCUAUGACAUACCCCAAACUGGUGAAACUGCUGGACCCUAUUUUUUCCGACGAAGCGACUAAUCGAAGACAGCGG